UUUCUACACAAUAGGUGGUCUAGGUUGCUGUAACCUUUUUUCCGUCUCCUGUAGUGGGGAGGUGAGGGGAGGCUAGGCAAGGUUGAGUUCAUUUGAAUAUCGAAUUGUUUCGUGCGCGAGUGAAACGAGUCCGAUCUUCAGAAUGCUUGCGCGCAGAUCAUCGAGUCCAAGGAUCGCCGCAUCCGCGAUGGAACAGACCGAGCUCAAGAACAAGGACGAGGAGUAUGUGAAGAUGCUCAAGCAACAAAGCACCGACAUCACGGGCCUCAUCAAAGGAAUGCGAGAUCAGUAUCACAUGCUCCGCCAGAACUAUGAAAAACAGCUUGAGGACAUUGAGGGGGCAUUCGAGAAGGAGCGCAGUGACCUCAUGAGGAAGAACAAGGACGAGAUCGACGAGCUGUUCGAGAGGCGCAGGCAGAUGGAGGAGACGGAGUUCUUGGAGAGGCGCCAGGAGCGUGAGCGGGAUUUUCAGCAGCAGAUUGAGGAUCUCCGUACACACAACGCUGACGAUUACAACAAGUGCAAGAUAGCCCUGGAGAAGGGGAUACAGGAGCUGGAGCAGCACCUAGAAAAGAUGAACAGCACUUACACCCUGAACAAGGAGAAGCUUGAGUACAACUUGCAGGUUUUAUCAGAGCGCAACAAGGAGCAUACAGCGAUUCAGUCAUCGUACAAGAAUCGUCUGAACAAGCUGAGGGAGACUCUCAACAAUUUAAUGACGCGGUAUCAGACUCUUGAUGCUAAGUAUAAGAGUGAGAACAUCAAUCUUACAGAAGAGUAUAAGCGCCUUACCAAGCAGUUCAAAGAUCUGCAGGAGAAGUGCCAUCACUUCGAGCAGGCUGACGAGAAGAAGUUCCGUGAAGUCUGGGAGAUGAACGAGGAGGAAGUCCGUGUGCUAAGGGACAAGGUCUUGAAAGCUGAUCGUUUGUUGCACGAGCAACAGUUGGGCCAUGAAUGGAUACAGCCAAAGCAGGAACAGCUGGAUGCGGAGCUCGAGACAUUCUCAGAAUCUGGCACGACCACCGGCAAGAGCACGGCUAUAGAAUCCGCUGAGAUGGGCCAGUCAGUUUCUGGUAAGUUCACGUCAACAAAAGUCAAGAAAGUGCUGGAUCUGGUGAAGGAGGAGACCCAGUUCCUGCUGGACAUCAAGGUGCGCGAACAGAUUCAGGGACUCCCAGCAGAGCAGAAGGAUGUGGUUCAGAUUGACGCCAUUCUUCGAUACAUCAACGUGGAGAGCCAAGAAGAUGUUGACCUGCUCGUCACCACUUUCUACAAUGGUCAGGAUGAGGAUGAUGAGGCAUUAAUGGUAGAGGCAGACGACGUACUCAACCUUUUGAAAGAGUUCAUACAAGAGAAAGAGAACCAGCGGAGUGCUGAUGUAGUGCCCGAUAAAAAGAAAAAGGCCCGCACCCAACAGCUGGGAAGUGAAAGCGAAGCAGAGAAAAAGGCGCGGGUGAGGCGAGAAGAGCGAAAAUUCUGGGAGAAGAAGGGGCACGUGAUUCCCGACAUGAAUUUCAGAGUGUGGAGGGCCUUGGACGUCGCACUGAGGCGGUAUUACUCCCUCCUGCAGGUCAGAAGCAAAGCCAUAGAUAGUGCUGUCAAUAUGCAGAAACAAAAUGAGGAACUGAAGCAGUUGUUAGACCAGUACCUGGGGUCCAAGGUGAACGAGGAGUUGCAGGUUCCCCCGACCCACGUCAUUCGCGUCGUUGGGGGUGCCUCGUGA